UUCAAAACAAACACACGUGUUGGAAAAAGAAAACAAAAACAUCUUCAGUUUUUAGUGAAAAACGCGCAGAAAACUUCUCCAAAAAUGGGUAAAAAUGCGAAAAAUAAGAAAAAGAUGAAGGGAGCUGAAAAGACAAAUCUCAAAACUGAGAAGAAAUUGCUGAUGAAGCAGAAAAAAAUGCUGGCAAAGAUUGGCGAGGCUGACAUUGAGGAACUCCUGGCGAAAUACAAGGUUGAUCCUGCUAAGAAGGAAGCUGUAGGAGUGGAGGUAGACUGUCCACCACCUUCGCCGCGAGUUAAUUUCUCCCUUGUCACACAUCCGGCCAAGGAUCAACUUAUUUUCUUCGGUGGGGAGUUCUUUGAUGGCCAAAAAGCGGAAGUCUACGAUGAUAUGCUCUUCUACACACCAGCAAAGGAUUCUUGGACUGUUCUGCGGGGCGGAGAGCGCCCUUUGCCGCGGUGUGGUCAUCAAAUGGUCACAACUGCAACAGAUGGUGGGCAGUUGUGGUUGUUUGGUGGGGAAUUUGCCAGCCCGUCGCAGCUACAGUUCCAUCACUACAAUGAUCUGUGGGUGUUUCACAUAAAGAAUCGUCAGUGGGAGAGGAUUGCAGCUCCAGGGGGGCCAUCAGCCCGUAGUGGACAUCGGAUGAUGCUCCUGAAGAAGCGCCUUUUUGUCUUUGGGGGCUUUCACGACAACAACCAGAGCUACAAGUACUUCAAUGAUGUACAUUUCUUCUCUCUGGAGGAGUACAAGUGGUAUAAAGUUGAUGUAGCCGGGGUGGCGCCUCCACCACCACGUUCCGGAUGCUGCAUGGCGGCAACUUCCAACGGCUCCAUUCUCAUCUGGGGCGGCUACAGCAAAGCCAGUGUGAAGAAAGAUGCCGAUCGGGGAACAACGCACUGGGAUUCCUACGCUUUAGUUCCUGACAAACAUGACCAGAAAGGUCUCUCGUGGAAGUGGACAAGUGUUAAAUUGGGCGGGAUGCGUCCACCUCCGCGGAGUGGUGUAAGCUUCGUUGUUGCUCCAAAUGGUCGGCUGUACACAUUUGGCGGUGUAAUGGACACAGAAGAGGAUGAAGAGAGCAUCAAAGGGCAAUUUACGAAUGAACUUCAUUCGUUUGAUGUUGAAAAUCGCGUCUGGAGGAAGGUUGAAGUUGGUCCGCCAAAGACUCCGGCAGGAGGAAAGCCCCAAAAUGACGUUGAGAUGGAGAAAGUGGUAACCGGAGUGGGAGUCUUCACGGUGUCAGUGGCGCCAAAAAACUCCGGAAGUUCUUCAGGAUCCAGCUUGAAAUCCUCAGUGGAUGAAAUUAAUGAACCUAGUCCACGGAGUCACUGUGGGAUGGCUGUUUGCAAGGGAACACUCUUUGUCUUUGGUGGCACCUUCGAGGAGGGAAGUAAAGAGAUUACUCUUGGGGAUUUCUAUAGCAUGGACCUGGCUAAGCCCACAUCCGGAUGGAGGACAAUCAUUGAGAAUAGAACCAAUCGAAUGGAAUGGGCGGGAUCUGAGAGUGAUAGCAAUUCUGAGAAUGAAUCUUCCGGCGAUCAGGACUCCUCUGAUGAUACGGAUGAUGCAUCUGAUUCCGAUAUGGAUACAGAUUAAUAAAAUUUCUUUUUUUGCCCAUCCCCAA